ACAGCCAAUGAUAUCUCGCGGUACCUGCUCUCUCGGCUUUAUUUCCACCGCGGACGAAACUAGGAAAGGUGUCAGUCGGAGUGGAGUAAAUUCCGGACAGUAAUUUUGGCAGCCCAUCUAAGGCUUAACAAAAAUACAUUUAUUAAUUAAAAAUAUAUAUUAAGUCAGUUUGCACUGAACGUAACACAAAUUAUAUUGAAAACAAGGACAAGUGACGUCGUUGGUAAAGGAGACCUAGAAACCCCCUGCUAGCGAGUUAGCUUGCUAACAAAGAAAACCUUUUCUCACUAGAAGUAAUCCACACUAUCCACUAUAGUUAUGAGUCAUGUGGUCAUCGACAAUUCACACGGUCUAGAACAGCAGCUUGCUGUCCUAGACUUGAACUCUGCAGACAUACAGGGUAUUGGCACAGGCAGGCGUUACAUUCCGCCUCACUUGAGAAAUAAAGAGGCUUCUAAAAAUGGUUGCUCAAGAUUCCAAUACCAGGAGAUUUCCUAUUAUCACAGCUACAGGGGUGGCUGGCCCGAGAGAUGUGAUUCCCCUGGAUGGGAUGGUGGGCGUAGCAACGGCUUUGUGAAUGGUUACCAUGACAACCGGAUGAAUGGCGAUCGCAACAACUUUGGGCGUGGCCCUCCUCGCAACGACAGGGGUGGGCGUGGGGGAUUCCGCGGAAACCGUGGCGGCACCUUCCAACAGCCCAUGCACAAUGCAGUACCAUAUGGAUAUGAAAACAAAGAUGCCGGCUGGAACGCUGGGGUCAACAGGGAGGCUUACAGCAACUUCGGAGCACGCACUGACACACGCGGCAAAUCAGCUUUCUUCAACGAUAGAGGCACUGGAUCCAGAGGAAGGUACGACCGUGGAGGCUUCAGCGCUGGAGGGAAUAGCCGCUGGGCGGAGGAGUCCAGAGAUGAGGAGGACUGGUCCAAGCCCACCGCCCCCAACGAGCGUGUGGAAAAUGAGCUGUUCGCUGCCAGCAACACAGGAAUUAACUUUGAGAAGUAUGACGACAUCCCCGUGGAAGCCACUGGCAACAACUCCCCUCCUCACAUUGAGAGCUUCCAUGACGUGGACAUGGGGGAGAUCAUCAUGGGCAACAUCGCCCUGAGCCGCUACACCCGGCCCACCCCUGUGCAGAAGUAUGCCAUCCCCAUCAUCAAGAACAAGAGAGACCUGAUGGCCUGCGCUCAGACCGGCUCUGGGAAGACUGCUGCCUUCCUGCUGCCCAUCCUUAGCCAGAUCUACACCGAGGGCCCUGGAGAGGCCUUACAGGCUACCAAGAACAGCGGCCAGGAGAACGGGAAAUAUGGCCGCCGUAAGCAGUUCCCCCUCGCCCUGGUGCUGGCCCCAACCCGUGAGCUGGCCCUUCAGAUCUACGACGAGUCUCGCAAGUUUGCCUACCGCUCCCGUGUGCGCCCGUGCGUGGUGUACGGAGGCGCUGACAUCGGGCAGCAGAUCCGAGACCUGGAGCGAGGCUGCCACCUCCUGGUGGCCACACCCGGACGCCUGGUGGACAUGAUGGAGAGAGGCAAGAUCGGCCUGGACUUCUGCAUCUACCUGGUCCUGGACGAGGCUGACCGCAUGCUCGACAUGGGCUUCGAGCCCCAGAUCCGCCGCAUCGUGGAGCAGGACACCAUGCCCCCGAAAGGCAUCCGCCACACCAUGAUGUUCAGCGCCACCUUCCCCAAGGAGAUCCAGAUCCUGGCCCGUGACUUCCUGGAGGAGUACAUCUUCCUGGCUGUGGGCCGCGUGGGCUCCACCUCUGAGAACAUCACCCAGAAGGUGGUGUGGGUGGAGGAAAGCGACAAGCGCUCCUUCCUGCUGGAUCUGCUCAAUGCCACAGUCAUUCCCAGUGAGGUUCAGGAAAAUGCAGGCGAAGCCCCCGAGAGACCUGGCAAGGACUCGCUCACACUGGUGUUUGUGGAGACCAAGAAAGGGGCCGAUGCCCUGGAGGACUUCCUGUACCGCGAGGGCUACGCCUGCACCAGUAUCCACGGCGACCGUUCCCAGAGAGACCGCGAGGAAGCUCUGAGCCAGUUCCGCUCAGGCCGUUGCCCUAUCAUGGUUGCCACUGCAGUGGCUGCCCGUGGACUGGACAUCUCCAAUGUGAAGCACGUCAUCAACUUUGACCUGCCCAGUGACAUUGAGGAGUAUGUCCACCGCAUUGGGCGUACCGGCCGUGUGGGAAACCUCGGUCUGGCCACAUCCUUCUACAAUGACAAGAACAGCAACAUCACUAAGGACUUGCUGGACAUCCUGGUGGAGUCCAAACAGGAAGUGCCGUCCUGGCUGGAGAGCCUUGCCUACGAGCACCAGCACAAGAGCACCAGCCGUGGACGCUCCAAGGGUAGGUUCUCUGGUGGAUUUGGAGCCAGAGACUACCGACAGAUGCCCGGAGGUGCACAGGCCUUUGGCAAUCGUGGUGCCCGUACUGCGGGUGGCCAUGGAGGAAACCGCGGCUUUGGUGGAAAUAAAGGUGGCUUCGGAAGCUUUGGCAACGAUGGCUAUGGUGGGAGCUACGGGGGCAGUUAUGGGGGCAACUACAACCAGGUGGACUGGUGGGGCAACUAGAUAUAGAACCUACCUACCCACAGGGUUAUCACCAUGCCAAAACAUAGCAGAAAAUAAAAAAAUAAAAAAUGGGAAACCACAUGUUAAAAAAACAAAACCUAGCCAGACCAUACUCCCUGCCCCUCCCAGCCCCUCCUCCCCACACUUCUCUUUUGUGUGUAGCUUCAAGAACUCGCAGUGCGUCCCAACUAGCUGUGAAUUUCAUUUCCUCACGUCCUCAGAGGGAGCCCAGUGAGAAGACAAGGAGGCGACGGUCGGCCUGACCAAAAACAAACAAACAAACAAACAAUCCCCUUAGCCCCCCCCCCCGGCCACGCUCCGAAAGCGAUGCCUACUCACUGUUUGGCGUCCAACGUAGAAUCUGGGACUUUAGUUUUUAUUUUAUUGUUAUUUUUCCCAACUGCACUUUUAUUUUUUUCUUUCUUCAUAUGAAAAAAAUAAGAAAACAAGAAAUGAAAAAAACACACACACACAUGCACACAUGACGACAGAAAACCUGAGGAUCAUUCAUAAUGUUGAUGUACUGUGCCUUUCAAUUUAGACAGGAAUAUCUAUAUUUUUGUGUGUGUUAACGUCAUUUCACCAAAAUGAACUCGGCCAAGAGCUCAAUUUGCUGAUCGUUCUGAAGGCAUGCGAAACGUUUGUACUUAAGUCAAACCUUGGCAAACACUAGGAUGAUGCGACUCACCCAUGUCGCUAUUUCAUUCGAAACCAAAAAAAAAGGAGGAAAGACAAAUUAACCACAAGGUUAUCAUGUAGGCCUACUAACGGGCCCGAUCACAACUUAUGGGGCCACCUCUAGUGUUCGUUGGGGGUAAAAAAGGUGGCGAUUCCUUGUGUGGCAACCGUGUUUUAAGGGAUGAGUUCUCUAUAUGAACAUUUUUGUUUUUGCUCACUCUAUCCUGAAUAGGCACCUAUUAAGGAUGUGGUUGUUGUCAAAGGCCAUUCCAGUUGUGAUGGUAAUACUCAUGACGAACAGGCGUCAAUUACAAAAUAGCUGAGGUGUGAACCCCAUGCGGUUCAGACCUACAAUCCUGGAACUUGUUACUCCACUUUGAAUUGACUUGACAGUGUUACGGCAGCUAGUAAGUAACCACAUGCUAGCCACUUCGAAGUGGGCAGUGUUUUUUGUUGAGUUAUUUUGACAUGAGGCAAUUGGUUGGUGAUUUCGAUUGAUGCAAAUGUGGAGAGAAAAAACUUUUUUUUUUAGUUUUUUAAAAAGGUGGUUAGUGUCUCAGGAGAUGAAGGAGAGAAAAAAAAAGCUUUUUUUCAGGUUUCGAUGAGAAAUGUUUCUUUUUACAAACAUUACGAAACAAAAAAUGCCUGCCACGUCGAAAGAAGUUUGGAUAAACAUGGCUACGAAAGAAACUUAAAAGGACCACGGCACCGAAGCGGCCUAUUGCGUCCCGCCGGGGAUGCACGGCCGUCGCGGUCUCAUGCGCAUGCUAGUGUUUUGUUUUUUGGUCAAGGAGACAAAAAAAGACAAAUGAAUUCAGUUGCAGGCUUCACCCUUUUUUGAAUCACCAACGUUUUCUCUUUUUUUCAAGCUGCGUUGGAGGCAUUGCUCCUUUUCGUCCCCGCCCCCCCCUCCCCCCCUCCAUAGAACUCACUAAGAUGAGGAUGUGGCGACAGGAUUCAUAGAGUUGAGAGCUUAGCUUAGCUACAGUGGGGUGGGUGGGGACAUGGAGAGACAUGAGGGCAAGCGCAGUUUUGGGCUUUGGCUUUUGGUCUCUGUUGCCCAUGACGAGGAGGUGUGGGGUGCUUUUAUGGUGGCCAAAAACCCCUUGUGCAUUCGCCUCCCACUUAUCCAUGUAGUUCCAAGCUCCUGUUUGGAGCGUCCGUGCUUCUGGCACCUUCCGCAGCGCUGGCCCAAAGAGCCGGCGCGAGCCUCAGUCUCCCUCUCACAGAGGGGCGACUGCUUCAGAGAGGAGGAGAAAACGGGCAUUUAAAGACCUUCUUUUUUAAGUGCAAUAGAUUUCUUCUCAAGCGAGUUGUGCCUUGCCAUUUAGUUUACUUUUUCAUUUUAUUUCAACUGAUGAAGUAAGAACGGAUGCACUGACAGUAUUGAGGAAAGGAAAACUUUUCAAAAAUAUUAAUUUAAACAAAAAAAAAAUGAAUGGUGCUAUUUAAGUUUAGGUGUUUAGGCCCUUGGUUAUGCCCAUCAAGUUUUACAGACCGAUGUUCUUUUAUUGCACAUUUCGUUUUUUAUACAGAUGUCUUGAGUGUGUGUCCUCAAGCUUCCAAACAUUGAGUGUGUGUUUGUGUGUGUGUAUGUAAGAGAGAAAGAGAGCGUGUGUGUGAGAGAGCGUGGGACGACGUGAAAUAACGCAGCUUGUUUACAAAAAAGGGGAAAGGGUUCUCAACGUUUAACCAGGAAUUCUUUGGGACCAGGGAGCAGUAGCAGUGGGGGAAUUUAGCUAUUUGCACACAGAUUUCUAGAUUCUACUUUUGCUGCUAGUUUUGUGUAAUUUAUGAAGCAUUUUUUGAGAAAUAUUUAUUUUUGUAAGCCUCAAAGUGAUUCUUUGAAAGUUUCAAGAAACUUGACCAAAAGACCGUACAAAAAACACUGGCACUUGAAUGUUGAAUGUCAACUGUAUGCGUGAAAAAAUUUAUAUAUUUCGGGGUAGUGUGAGCUUUUUAACGUUUCAGACAUAUUGGACUCCGUAUCCACAGCUGUUAAAGGCCUCCUGGCCGUUCAUUAUUUAACAUCUUACUAAUUGGCUCUCAAAAUUUGGAAUGGGGAUUUAACUAAACCGAUCAGACAUGCCAAGGUUUGGAAUGAUGAUAAUGUCAACCAGAGCGAACAAUUUCCUAAAUGUAUCAGUGCAAACGAAAAAAAGUGUCCAGAUUCUCCAAUUGUGUGCAUUGUUUUCUCACUCCUUUUAUUGUUUUGAUAUUUUUUUUCUUUCUUUUUCUUAAAGUUGAAAGAAAAAUGGAUUUCUUAAUGUUAUUUGGUUUCCAGUGAAUGUCUGGCACAUGGCUGUCUCAAAAACAUGUGGUUUUUUCUCUAUUGUUGCAUUUGCAUAUUACAGUGUUACUGGAAUGUUUGUCCUCUCGCGCCGACAUUUAGCGAGCUUUAGCUCCAGCAAUAAGUCUUAAUGAUCCGUGCCGACAGGUCAUGUCGCUUACGGGAGCUGGUUGAAGAAGGCAAUAGGAGUUUAAAACAAAAACCGGAAACAAGGCUCGCUGAAUGUCUGCAGAGGCGCGUCCCAGGACACUUUAGAUUUAGUAUUUGCUUUCUGUAGUAGCUUAGAUGCUAAUGCACCGCAUGAGGGGACUCGGCUGUGCGUUUCUUGUAUGAUUUUACCAAAAUAAAUGAAAAAAGUUUGAAAUGCAAAAAGUACCUUACAAGUUAAGCAUGUUUUCUAAAACAAAUUAAAUUAAUGUAGCAAGUUUGGGAGGGGGGUGAAAUAUAGACAUUGUAGCAGCUGUUCUAAAUGUGGCUGAAUUAUGUCAAAGUUGUUUGGAAAAUUAAAUUGGCUAAAGUACCUUCACUGAAAUAGAAUUACUUUUUAAAAGAAA